AUGAUUAGCUCGAAUUCCAACGGCGAUGACGAGAGCGGCGACAAAGUGAGAGGCUCAUGGAGUCCGCAAGAGGAUGACACAUUGAGGAGAUUGGUGAAAGAAUACGGUCCGCGAAACUGGUCUGUCAUCAGCAACGGAAUCCCCGGCCGUUCUGGAAAAUCCUGCCGUCUGCGGUGGUGCAAUCAGCUGAGUCCCGACGUUCAACACCGCGCUUUUACCCCCGAGGAAGACAACAUCAUAAUCCAAGCGCACGCGGUUCACGGCAACAAAUGGGCAACGAUUUCUCGUCUUCUCCCUGGUCGAACCGACAACGCGAUAAAAAACCACUGGAACUCCACCCUCCGCCGUCGUCUCACGGAGGCUCCGCUGACUCCUUCCCCCGUGAGUAUCGGGAAGCGUCCUCCAAACGGUUAUAACGAUUUGUUAGAUCUCCGUUAUCAUCGUUAUAAACGGCCUUGUUUAGAGAAUAACAACGGUUCACGUUCACGUGACGGUGAAGAAACGGUUACGGAAGAAGAAGACGUUGGUAACGAUGUUGCCGUUAUGACGCCGUUGAGUUUGUUUCCGCCUGGUGAGAAAUUGUUGAAGGAAGAGAAAGAGAAAAAAGAAGAAAUGAAUAACGGUGUUAAGUUGUUGGGAAAUGAUAGUUUGAGGUCGAUUAUUCAGCGCAUGAUAGCAGAGGAGGUUAGGAAUUAUAUUGAUAACAUGCGCUUUGAUGGGUUUCAACAUGCUCCUCAUUCAACACAUCGAAAGUGA